AUGACGACUAAAUCAUCAAUACAAAGUAUUAAAUCAAGAUUUUCAAGUAGUAAUAGUGUACAUAGCAUGGCAACAAAUGAUAAUGAUAAAAAACAAAGUCGCAUACAUGUUAAAAAACCAUUUAGUACAACAAAUUUUUUACAAAAUAAUUCAACAACAAAUGGUUUUACCAACCAUUUAAAAAAACGAACAUUACAAUUAAAUAAUUUUUUUCAUUCAAAAUUAAAAACUAACUGCUCAAAUGAAUUAAAUGGUAAUCAUCAAUCUGAAGGACGUUCAACAUCACCACCACUUGUCUUUCAUGCUAUUGCUCCGGCUUUACCAGGAGAAAUAAAUAAAUCAUCAAAAUAUGUUCACAAUGAACAAAAGUCAAAUGAUGAAUCGAAAUCGCCUUUGAAUCCUCGUAUUAAUCAUAUACUUGCUCAUACUGUAAUCAAAGCGAUGUCAAUCGAUCAACAUUCAACUGAAACACAAUCCAAUAAUUCAGAAGAAGAUGAAAAUUCACCAAAAUUUUAUCCUGUAUUAUCAUCAAUAGAUGCUGAUGCUGAUGAAUCUGAUAGUAGUCCUAAUAAAAAUAUUAAAAAACUACGUCGUUUACAAAAAACACGUCGAGCAAGUAUUUCAUCUUUACAACAAAAGUAUGAAAAUAAUAAUGGUAAAGAUGAACAACAGCAACAAUCAAGUUCUGAUGAAAAUGAAAAUAAAGAAUCAAAUGUAAUUACAAAUGGACAUACUGAACGAAGAAUAAAGCCACCAUCAGUUAAACGAUUUGAUCGUUUAAAAGCAGCAGCAACAACAACAACUGAUGAUGGUACAAAACAACAAUAUGAUCGUUAUCAUCCAUUAGAUAAUCUUGAAUCGAAAUUAACAACUACAAAUGAAUCAACAUCAUCAAUUCCAAAAAUGACUGGAUCAACAAAUCAAUCAUCUGUAAAAAAAGUUAAUCGAUUUCAAGUUAAAUCAAUACGUAAAUCUCAACAACCACAAAUUAUGUUUGCUAAUAAAGCUGCAGCAACAUUUUCAAAUGAUGAUGAUUAUUCUUUAUCCAAUGAAAAUUCAAAUUUAUCAUUAAAAUCAUCAAUUAUUGAAAGAAAACAUACAAAUACACCAACAACUGAUAUAGAAAAUUCAAUGAUGCAUACAAAUCAUACUGUUAAUGGUACUAUUUCAACAUCUAUUAAUGUUGAAAGUGGACAUCCCCAUGUUCAUUUUCAUGCUACAUCACAUGAAAAACAAGAUUCAACUGCCGAUGAUGAAAAAUCACCUAAUCUAACAGUUACAGCAGUUACAUUACCAACUCCAACUCCACAUUCAUCGACAGCUUCAGCACAAGGAGAGGAUGAUGAAGAAGAAGCAGUUGCUAAAAGUCCCGAUGGCCGUUUUAUUAAAUAUGCAAAAGAAAUUGGUCGCGGUGCAUUUAAAACAGUGUAUCGUGGUUUAGAUACUGAAACAAGUGUUGCUGUUGCUUGGUGUGAAUUGCAAGAUUUUGCACAGUUUGAUAAACAUGAACGAGCACGUUUUAAAGAAGAGGCUGAAAUGUUAAAAAAUUUACAACAUCCAAAUAUCGUACGAUUUUUUGAUUUUUGGGAAGAAACAAAUCCAAGAACAAAUAAAAAAGUUAUUAUUCUUGUUACAGAAUUAAUGACAUCUGGUUCUUUAAAAGGAUAUAUACGUAAAUUUAAAGGACAAAAAGAAGAAAAACGAAUUAAUGUAAUGAAAAAAUGGUGUCGUCAAAUUCUUAAAGGUCUUGCUUAUUUACAUAGUCGUAAUCCUUCUGUUAUACAUCGUGAUUUAAAAUGUGAUAAUAUAUUUGUAUCAAGUACAACCGGUAGUGUUAAAAUUGGUGAUCUUGGUUUAGCUACAUUUAAAACUCAAACAUUUGCUAAAAGUAUGCGUGGUACUAUGGAAUUUAUGGCACCAGAAAUGUUUGAUGAAAAAUACGAUGAACUUGUUGAUAUAUAUUCAUUUGGUUUAUGUAUGUUAGAAAUGAUGACUGGUGAAUAUCCAUAUAUUGAAUGUAAAGGACCAACAGCUGUUAUAAAACGUGUUACAGCUGGUUUAAAACCAGAUUGUUAUUAUAAAGUUGAAAGUGAAGAUGUACGAGAAGUAAUUGAUUGUUGUAUACGUACAAAGAAAGAUGAACGUUUACCUGUACAUGAAUUAUUACAGCAUUCAUUUUUUCUUGAUGAUAAUGGUUUACGUAUUGAUUUUGUACGUGAUCCAGCGAAUGAUUCACAAGUUAUGAUUACGAACAAUUCAAUUAAUUUAAAAUUAAAAGUUGUUGAUAAAACAAAACGUAAAUCAUUAUGGACAGAACAUGAAGCUCUACUUUUUCGAUAUAAUUUAACAGCUGACACACCUGAACAAAUAGCUGAUGAACUUAUUAAAACAAAUUACAUAUUUGAGGAAGAUAAAAAGUUUGUUAUACAGUCAAUUCAAGAUCGAGUUCGAGCUUAUCAAUAUGAACAAAUUGAUCGAAAAGCUGGCGUUUUUGGCCGAGAUCGUAAAUCAACUAUUAAUCAAACAUCACAACCGUCACUUAUUGGACAACAACAAAUGCCACCACCUCAGCAACAACAACAACCAGCACUACCACCACAACAGCAAUCGGUACCAGUAACUCCAUUAUUAGCUCAACCUCAAGUACAACAUGUUCCUCCUAUUCCAUCAACACCUCCCAUUAUGCAACAAUCACCAAUGGCAGUACAGCAACAACAAAUGGUUAAACCAUUAUCCGAAAUCUCAUUAACUAAACCAAUUGUGGUAACAGAACCAAUCGGAAUUCCACAAUUGCCUGAACUUGGAACAAGUGUAUCUGGCUCAGCUGGUAGCCUUGAAGUACUUGAUGCGGCAUUAAAGAAAACUUUUACUAAAAGUAAUUCAUCUCAAAGUACAAAUGCUACAUCAGCAAUUACCAAUGAUAUUAGUGAGCCAAUAAUAUCAUUGGUUAAUCAAGAUGAUUCAUCGAUUUCACGACUGGGAAGUGAUACUGCUGUUGUUGAUCAACAACAAAUAGAAGAAUCUGGAGGAUCAGUGCCUGUUGAGUUGACUACAAAUGUUUUUCACUUAUCGACACCAUCAACGUUACAGACUCAAUCGCAACCAACAACAAUGUUAGCCACUUCCCAACAACAAAUGUUACAAAAUCCUCUUCUUUUAACUCAAACAUCACAAAGUUUUUCUUAUUCAACAAUACCUCCUUCUCAACAUCUUAUUACUGCAAUCGUAUCAAAUGAUACUAUAGUGCAACAAAUGCCUUCUUCUUCAAUAACAACAAUAGCUACAGAACCUAUUGAAAAUAGUCUCCUAUCAGUAUCUCCUCCAUAUACAAAUGAAAUACUUCAACCUUCUAUUCUGUCAGAUACAUCAUCAACUCCUCAACAACCUAUAUUGGGUAGUUUAGAACAACUCGAUGCACUUCUUAAAGAUACGUUCAAAACUUUCAGCAAAACUGCUGCUACAACACAUAAUAGUGAUACAGAAACAACAAAUACAAACGUUUCAUCAAUUCCAUUAAUAAUCAAUGAUGAUAUUUCAAUAAAACCAAUUGAAAUCGAAUACGAUUUAAUGAAUAAUAUUGAUGAAAAACAACGAAGCUCUAAUCCUAUGGUAUCAUCAUUUCCUCAUUCAGAACCAAAUACAUCAUCAAUAGCUAUUCCUAAAGCUAUUCAACAAGUAAAAUCACAACCAACAAGUCAAAUUUCAACAUAUUUCGAUCCAUUAAUAUCACCCGAAAGAAAUAUGUGUGAAUUAGAUACAUUACUUAAAACUCCCAAUGAAAGAUCAUUAUCUAAUGAUGAUACAAUAAUUGCUGCAUCAUCGAAUGAUUUUUCUGAUAUUAAAUCAAUGAUUAUUGAUUUAACUAAAACAGUAUUGAAACGAAUGGAUAUUAUUGAAAAUAAAAUCGAAGAACAUAAAAACCAAACUAUACAACUCAAUAAUUUAUUAACAAAAACUAUUUUACCAUCGUUUAUUGAUUUAGCUACUAUUAUUCACGAAACACCAAAUUUAGAUCCACAUGUAAGGACUAAACUUGAAAAUAUUCAAAUGAAUAUUCGAAUAGUACAACAACACAAACCAAUUGACAUGAAAGAUUUAAUGGAAAUCUAA